ACGGCUGGGACUCUUAAUUUGAAAUAUGUACAUGAAUCACCAUCUGGAUCGUAGUUAGUGGGUGGAGUUUCAUCGCUACAGCACAAACAAUUCUAACUCUCAGCUGUUCUGCUGCUUAGAUUUGUCCUUUAUUAAAUGUAGAUUUCAAGGCUUCCAGGUGGUUGUAUCGUCUGGGACUAUUUAUCGAAUGGAGAACCCCUCUGCAGAUGGGCAGUCAGUCUGAAUUAUAACCACCCCAAAGGAAUAGUAAUCGCGCCACUGGAAUGGAAAGGUUAAACAAUCAAGAAUCAUGCCAGAUGACUGAAAACUUGACUGCUACAAUCCACGAUCCAGGAGAAAGCAGCCUGAAGCAGGGUAGUCAAACCAUGAACAUUUCUCCACUAUGCAAAAAUCGUGCAGGAGGUAAAAGAAAUCUUGACUAUUAUAUUGCACAAGAGCAGUUUGGAAAUAGUUGUAGCAGUUUGAACAGUGCACCAGAGAAAGUGACUCUUGUUGUUGAUGGCACUAGAUUUGUUGUCAAUCCCCAGAUUUUCACAGCUCAUCCUGAUACUAUGUUGGGAAGAAUGUUUGGGCCAGGACGCGAAUAUAACUUCACUCGGCCAAAUGAGAAGGGUGAAUAUGAAAUUGCAGAAGGAAUCAGCUCCACUGUGUUCCGGACUGUGCUGGAUUAUUACAAAACUGGAAUCAUUAACUGUCCUGAUGGGAUUUCUAUUCCUGAUCUUAGAGACACAUGUGACUACCUUUGCAUCAACUUUGACUUCAAUACAAUCAAAUGUCAAGAUUUAAGUGCUUUAUUGCAUGAACUGUCUAAUGAUGGGGCUCACAAGCAGUUUGAUGGCUUCCUGGAAGAGCUAAUUCUGCCUAUCAUGGUGGCUAGUGCUAAAAAGGGAGAACGCGAGUGUCACAUAGUGGUAUUAACAGAUGAAGACACAGUAGAUUGGGAUGAAGACUAUCCGCCGCCUGUGGGAGAAGAAUACUCACGAAUCCUGUAUAGUUCUAAGCUCUACAGAUUCUUCAAGUACAUUGAGAAUCGGGAUGUUGCCAAAACCGUUUUGAAAGAACGUGGCCUGAAAAAUAUUCGAAUUGGCAUUGAAGGUUACCCCACCUGUAAGGAGAAAGUGAAAAGGAGGCCUGGAGGACGCUCGGAAGUGAUUUAUAACUAUGUGCAACGCCCAUUCAUCCAGAUGUCCUGGGAAAAGGAAGAGGGGAAGAGUCGCCAUGUUGACUUUCAGUGUGUUAGAAGCAAAUCUCUAACCAACCUUGUGGCAGUGGGUGAAGAUGUAGCAGAAGAUCAGGAGGUCAUGUUGCAUCACCCACCCCAGGUGGAUGAACUUGACAGAUUAAAUGCACCAUUCUCUCAAAUGGAGCCCAAUGAUCUACAAGAUUAAUACUGAAGUUAAGCACAGUUCUCUAAAAUGAAUUUGACUGAUCUUCUACAUUAAAACUGAAUAACUAGGGCAGCUUGCCAAUGGUCUUCCUACAACCGGAUCUCUUACAAGCUGUUCUAUUCUUACAAUUGCUGCGCUCUAUAAAUAUGAUGUCCAAGCAAAAAGGACUAGUGCCAUUAAAUCCACAGUUGAAGGCUUCCAAACACUGUCCAUGGAGGACCUGGUCCCUGAUGAGUGAUACGAAGGUUAUAUCUAAUCCUGUCAAAUGUUCCCAUUAGAAAAAAUGUUCAUAUGCAAUUCUGUGUUACUGCUCUGCAUCUGUUGCUCUUUUCAGUGGCCAUCACUCAGUUACAAAGAGACCGAGCAUUAUACCAUGAGGGCCUCCCUUCCAGGAGUACAAUUGUUAUUGGCAGAAAUUAAGAGACUAUGGCUGUUUCCAGUGAGCUAGCUGUUCAGUUUCCCUUUCAGCAGCUCUGACACCAACUUCCAAAACUGCAUCUUAAACUCAGGGACCUACGGAAGGAAAACAAAAAACUCCUGCUAUGUGCACAAAUCAGACACACACCCCUCUGCGUCAUGAGCUGUAUGGGAGAGACUUUGAGCACAGGACAGAGGAACUUCUGCACAAACUCCCAUUAAAUGUACAAUGCUGUCUUCUGAAAGAGUGAAAGCCUUCAAGAAAGCAAAUGUUAAAUUAGUGAAUCCCAUUCAAUAAUCUAAAGAUGCAGGAAGUUUUCAAUAUGAAGUACAGCGAUGCAAAUGACAACAUGUACCUGUCUUUACAUGUUGUACCUCUAACAUGCUCUCUUUUAUGACUCCCUCAGAUUACUCAGCAUGUCUUAAGGCUAUCAAGACUGUUGAAUUCUACUGGCUUUGCAGGUGACAAGUGCAAAAGCUUUCUUCUCAUUAAACAGUGAACAUUAAACCGUUUGCUCCUCCAAAAAGGAUAAAAAAUGCUGCUGGUGAAUAUGUAUGACCCAAGACAGCUGCUGUUUCACCAGUAUAGUCUUAGUCUUAACAUAGGCAUAUUUCACAGUGUGCUGGUCCCCCCUGCUUUUAUGUUAACAUUGAGCCAAUCAGUGUUGAGCAAGGUCAUGAGUUCAGAGAUCUCACGGGAACUGCAACCUCUAUAUUAUGUAGGAGAUAAUCUAUUUCAUAUACAUCAGUAUCAAACCUACUCUGCAUGGUGAACACAGCCAAGCAUACUGGUGGUGUUCAGGGAGUUGCAUGCAAGGACUGUAGCACAUGGAUCGCUGAACACUUGAGUUGGCUGUUACAUUGGUCCAAAGAAAGACAAGGUAUAAUGCAGUUCCAUGCUGUGGUGACUUCUUACUUCUCAGUAUGCCAGCCCCUUGCAUAACAGCAAGCUCUAAAAACAGAUAUAGAUAAUUUUGUUUAAGAUAGAUGGGCAGCUAACGAUGAUGAUGAUUAAAAGAACAUGGACAUUUGUAAUUAGUUGACUUCUGCCAACUUAAGUGGGGGGUUUUAGAGGCUGUGCACCAGAAGUUUGAAGCACACCAAAUUUUAGAACAGAUGCCUGUUGCUAAGCUAAAGCGGUCUUGUAACUUCAUAAAAGAAACUUUCAAAGAAAGCAAAACAAAUUUUGUAGAUAGAUUUAAAAAUCUAUGCCAGUGCUGUUUCCAGACCCUUUCACAAGUAAGUGCCUAUAGGAAAGGGUUUUCAAGAACAUGAGAGGAACCACCACGUUACAUGUGCUCUGAACAAGGUGAGUGGCAGAGUGUUCAAUUCCUUUGAUCUUUUUGACAAUAUGCUGUUUAGAUGCAUCAAGAGGACAGAUUCAGCAUUUGCAAGCAGGCAAUUGGAAGCAGGCACUGGUUGCAUGUGAACUCUUCCAGUACUGAAUUCCAAUAUGAAACUAAAAAUUCUUGAUCAAGAGAUAGGUGGAUAGCCCUGUGUAUGUUAUACAACAUUUGCUUGCCAGUCAUCUCUAUAGUUAAAGUCCCAAAAUGUUACAACCGUGCCAGGCACUAAGCACAACAGCCUGAUCUAGCAAAGUGUCAGUUUCACUUUGGUAAGACUGACUUUCAUAUACAUGUUAAACAUUUAUUAAGGGCUCAUCUCCAGUGCAAAUGAAACUGGUUUAACAGUAUUUUCUUUGAAGAAAUUACAGCUUUGAUAGGUGAGAAUUUCUGAUUGAGAUCUCAAACAGAAUAUACAGCCAUGUUUUCCAAACCGGAAGCUAUGCAUGUUAUCAGUGUUGCUUAGAGGCAGCCUACUUUAUACAACAAUUACAUUUGCUGCAGCUGUACUGGUGUUUCCAGCAGCAAACCUGUGAAAUGUGAAGGUCAGAGGUACAUUCAUAAGCGCUGAAGGAUACCUGCUGGAAGGUCAAGGUGGCUGUGACUGCCUGGCAUGUGUCCACUUCAUGUUCAGAAACACGGACCUGCCCUUCACAUUUUGCAUUUGCUGUGCUGCAGUCAUGUUACCACAGCAAACAUGACUGCCAUGCAAAAUAUGAAGCAGCACUUAAAAAUAGGAUUCUGAGUACAAAGUUCAAGUGCUGGAACUUCAAAUGUGAAGCACAUCAAUGAAAUGAGAGGCACGUCGGUCUUUAAAGGAUUACUCUGCCAUUCAUUUCAUUAAGAGUUGAAUGUUCAUAUUGCAAAACAAUACAUGGGAGAUUGAAAACUAUCCAUAUAUGUUGGUUUCCUGAAGAAACAGGAUGUAUUUAAAUCUUGUAUCUGAUGCAAGAGGGUUUAAAAAAAUUGUUCUUUAGCAAAUGCCACAGAAGUGUGUAAAUGGAAUGCUUCCAAUUCAGGUGUGAAGGCAUCUUUACUCCCUUCUUCUAUUACUUGCCAUUCAAGUUAAAAAAAAAGACAAAAUUUGCCUCAUUUUAUAUUUACAAGAACAUACUGCUUCUGUGGCUACAGUUUCUGUAUAAGUUGUUUACAUGCUGCUUUAUACCCUUGAAUAAAGGCGGCUUUAGAUCUUA